AUGGUCGACCUUGGAGGCUCAUUAGCCGUUGCCUCCAAAGGGCUCUUCUCCACUGGCGUUUCCACCGACCUCAAUGUCACGUACAUAAACUCUGGCGGCAAGGUUGGGGAUACUCUACGUGCAGAAGUCACAUGCGAUAAAUUUGGGAAGACGUUGGCGUACACGAGUAUAAGGUUCUUGAACGGCAGAGAUGAGUUGGUUGCGAAGGGAAGCCAUACGAAAUAUGUGGCACUGGCAUGGAAGGAUGAGAACAACAUUGUAGAAGAAUUGUCCCCCCGAAAAGGAUGA